CAGAAGCUGGUUUGUGCCUGUGACGUAUGAAGUGCUGUGCUCUGGUCCUGUUGCGCGCAGAAGACUAUAAAACCGCGCGCGCGUGGAGAGAGCAGCACCUCUCCACCUGAACCGACCUGAAUGAGACCGACGCUCAACGGAGGAAAACACUACAAGUACAUUUAGACAUUUAUUAGCUGUACAAAUAGUUGCUUAAAUGGUUGGCAUGAUGUGGAUGUUAUAAUCUUGUGGUUUUCUUGAAGAAAAACGAUGCGGAUUAUGCGCGCACCGCAACAAAACGCCUUGUAGUGAACUCAUUUAAGCUGGAACCGGGGAUGAAGGUGAUGUGCUGGCUCUUGAUGUUAGAUCUUAGACAAAGAGACAUUGAGUCAUCUAAUCUUUAUUGAUCACAGAAACGGAGAAGAGUCUGAUCAAUUAGUGGAAGUGCUUCUGAAACCCAGAGGACCGCGCACUGCGUUCGAGCCCUUUGGUGACUCAAAAAUCAGCGGUUCCUUGCCAAAUCGGUGCCUGUAUCUAAAUAUGGCAACCCAGGGGUCCAUGUGCAACACCUCGAUCUCAGACUACGCAAACCAGUCCAAUGAAUUCAAUAAUACUUUUCACCAACUGAAUGGGAGCUCGAUGGCCGAGGAGGACAGCACAAAGAUUCUGGCCGUUAUCUACCUCGUGGUGUUCGUCGUGGGUUUGACGGGCAACUCUCUGGCCAUUUUCGUGGUCCUGCGCUACACCAAAAUGAAAACGGUCACAAACAUGUACAUUUUAAACCUGGCAGUGGCCGACGAGCUGUACAUCCUGGGACUUCCAUUUCUCACCGCCCACAACAUGCUCGGUUACUGGCCCUUUGGCAACUUCCUCUGUCGUAUUCUGAUGUGGACAGACUCCAUCAGUCAAUUUACUAGCACAUUCUGUCUGACAGUAAUGAGCAUUGAUCGCUAUAUGGCUGUGGUGCAUCCUAUCCGCAGCGCGCGGUGGCGGCGGCCCAGAGUUGCCAAGGUGAUAAAUAGCAUGGUAUGGGCACUGUCCUGUCUGCUAACGCUGCCAGUCAUCAUUUACUGUGACGUUCAGCCGGAGCUCAACACCUGCAACCUGAGCUGGCCCGAACCGCGUGAUGUGUGGUCGACCGCUUUCAUCCUCUACACCGCCAUGCUAGGUUUCUUCUUCCCACUUAUGGUUAUCUGUCUUUGCUACCUGCUCAUUGUAAUCAAGGUAAAGUCAGCUAGUGCGCGAGCGGGACUCUCCAAACGCGGCAGGUCUGAGAAGAAAGUGACGAGAAUGGUGGUGAUCAUCGUGGUGGUGUUUGUCCUGUGCUGGCUGCCGUUUUUCAUCAUCAACAUCCUCAACCUGAUCAGCACCCUCCCGGAGAACAGCCUCAUGACCGGCAUCUACUUUCUCACCGUCAUCCUGACCUACGUCAACAGCUGCGCCAAUCCUCUGCUCUACAGCUUUCUGUCGGACAACUUCAAGCGGAGCUUCCAGCAAGUGUUGUGCAUCCACAAGGUCAACGGGGUCAGCAACGGUCACCCUGGUCGUGAGCACCUCAGCAGGAACCAACAGAACGAGGCCUUCUUCCCUCCAAGGAGCUUUGAUUUCAACAACCAUGUCCAGACCUAUCAGUCCAUUGGAUUGAAGGCUGAAGCCUGCGAUAAAUUGGAAAACCACCGACCUGGACCACAGCCAAGCAGCCAGUCCAUAUAAAUUAAGAAAGUUGGAUGGAUUUUUUUCCCCCUUUUAACACACAUAUUCUUUUUGUUCUGAGUUGGUCGUCCAAUCAAAAGUCAUUAUGACAUGGUCAAAAUAUAUGGCUUUAUAUAAAGUAAUUGUUGUCUAUGCCUAGAGCAAACACAAUACAUUUCCAUAUAAAUAUCACUCUGUGAUGAGAAGAUAUCAGUGAUGUUAUAUAUAACUGUAAAUAUGUAUAAUAAUGGCAAAUGGUUCAUCAUUUUGUUCCGCAUGACUGAAUGAAACUGGGAAACUGUUCAUCCUCCACAUUUGGAUCAAUUUGGACAAUUGAGAGAGAAAGAGGCUUCUGCUGUUACAUUUUGAUGGACAUUGCUAAUCCGGUGGUGGUUCUGAACAUUUUCCCUUUCGAACAAGUUCUCCUGGUGGUUUUCUGCAUUUCAAAGCUGGGUGAAACACAAGGUUUGGUGGAAAUGCCUAACAGCCUGUUUAUUAAAGGCAGAAUGUCUAAUUUAUGAUGGAUGAAGAUUCUUGAACCUAAAGCAAUGGCCAAAACAUCCUGAGAGUAGCAACAAGCUGCUAAGGCAGAUAUCAAGAUUUGUAUUUUUUUCUUUAGUCUGGGUUGAUAAGAUGUACCUGUGUUAUGUUACCUUCGUCUUGAUGUUGUUUGUAUCAUUCCUAAUAAACCUGGAUUUACAGGAUUACGAUAAGUUUCAAAUGGAAACAGGGGAAUCUUGUAAUAAUUCUGUAGUAAAAGACAUGUAUGUUAUUAGAUUAUUAUGUGCUGUAUAUAGUAAACAAUACUGUAAAGUGAAUUACUUUAAAUAGAGGUCCAGGCAAAAUGGUUUAUAUUAACCUGCUAAUCACACUUUCAGAGUUCUACAAGUAUAAACAGCUGCUUACAAGUACAUUAAACAGUGUAUUAAACAGCUGCUUACAAGUACAUUAAACAGUGUAUUAAACAGCUGCUUACAAGUACAUUAAACAGUGUAUUAAACAGCUGCUUACAAGUACAUUAAACAGUGUAUUAAACAGCUGCUUACAAGUACAUUAAACAGUGUAUUAAACAGCUGCUUACAAGUACAUUAAAUAGUGUAUUAAACAGCUGCUUACAAGUACAUUAAAUAGUGUAUUAAACAGCUGCUUACAAGUACAUUAAAUAGUGUAUUAAACAGCUGCUUACAAAGAU